AUGCCGUGCUGGCACAUCAAUGUCGUCUGCAAUGGCAUGCUAUUUGAAUUGAACAAGUGUCAGGCAGGCCUUUGGCCUCCUUCCUCCUUCCUCCUUCCUGCUGCUGCUGUUCGAGUUCUCAAUUCAGUAUUUCUGUACGACAAUGCUCUCAAAACUCAAAAUAUUAACACUUUAACGCCAAGUUUUUUAUCCGGCUGCCGGAAGCAGACUACACACACACACACACACAUAAACCUUAGCGGUCGUUACGGCGCCAAAACGCCAUGUUGGAUUAUUCAACUCGACGCCAUUUCGCGUCACAAUGCGCGCUAUGCGCCCGCCGUCAUUGCACUCGACAGCAACGAGGCAACGUAGCGACGUUGGCUGCGGCACAUGCCGCCAACACAGCAGUAGCAACAGCAACGGCAACAGCUAGAAACAGCGGCCAACACGGCGGAUGAAGUUGCAAUUCAAAGUCAUAAACACGUGCAGCGUGGGCGCAAAGUCGCAGCUAAGCUGCAAAACAGGCGCUGCCACUGA